AUGGAGCAGUUUCAUUUGGAAACCACAGUGGGUCUUAUAGCCUGCUGUCAGUGUGGCUUACCAAUUCAGCCUAAUACAGCCAAUAUGUGUAGUGGUUGUAUCCGCUCGAAAGUCGAUAUCACUGAGAACAUCAGUAGGACAUCAACUUUAUAUUUGUGUAAGUUUUGCGAACGAUAUUUUGUUCCACCUAACGGAUGGGCUCGUGCUGAAUCUGAGUCGAAGGAGUUGCUGUCGAUUUGCCUAAAGAAGAUGAAGCCACAAUUGCUGAAGGUGCGAUUGACGGAUGCAUGUUUUGUAUGGACAGAACCACAUUCGAAACGAGUAAAAGUCAAGCUAACCAUACAGAAAGAAGUUUUAACUAGUACAAUAUUGCAACAGACUUUCAUCGUGGAGUUUACUAUCCACAAUCAGUUGUGCGAUGAUUGUCGUCGCGCUGAGGCUAAGGAUUUUUGGCGCGCUUGUGUUCAAGUCAGACAAAAAGCCGAAUUUAAGAAGACUCUGUUUUAUUUAGAACAGCUUCUUCUUAAGCACGGGGCGCACAGUCAGUGCACGGGUGUAAAGCCAGUGCCAACCGGAAUUGAUUUCUUCUUUGCUAAAUUACAAGACGCUCGGAAAUUCGUUGAUUUUUUGCUUACGGUAUUGCCUUGCAAAUACCACUACGCUCAGGAAUUGGUCUCUCAUGACACAAAGAAUAAUACCUACGAUUACAAGCACACUUUCUGCGUGGAAAUUGUUCACAUUUGCAAAGACAGCAUAGUGUGCAUGCCAAAAAAGGUAGCUCAGCGUCUUGGUAAUAUGAAUCAGAUUGCGAUUUGUCUGCGCGUGUCCAACGUCAUCACUCUUAUUGAUCCCACUAACCUACAAAUGGCUGACAUACAAGCUACGUCAUUCUGGCGAGAUCCUUUCAACUCACUUUGUACAAAUAAAGAACUUUCUGAAUUCUUUGUUUUGGACGUAGACAUUGUAGAUAACUUGGAUAGAAAGGCUGGUCAUGGGUUUGUCAGCAAGAAGCAUGUGCUUGCGGAUGUCUGGCUUGUGAGAAGUCACCAGGUUGGUUCGUCAGAUGCACAAGUUCAUUCAACGCGAACACAUUUGGGACAUCUGUUAAACCCCGGAGAUUUGGUUUUAGCUUUUGACGUCCGUAAUUGCAAUGUAAAUAACGAUAUUUUCGACGGUUUGAAAACAGAGGAUAUUCCAGAUGUUAUUAUUGUGAAGAAGGUGUAUGAUAGAAGUCGGCGUGUCGCUCGUCGGCGUUGGAAACUUAAACGUCUGGUUAUGGAUGGAAAUAUUGUCGGAAAUGAGACUGAGAGCGUUGCUGAAGAGUUUCAAAGAUUUAUGGAUGAUAUCGAGGAGGAUCCAUUUAUGCGCGAGAAGAUCAAUAUUUAUAAGGAUGAAGAACGAUUGAAACAUGCAAGUAUUAGCGAUGAUGAGGCGAUCCCGGAUGCUCCUACAUUAGCUGAAAUGUUGAACGACCUUGUCUUGGAAGAUAGUGAAAUGCAAAGCAAUUCUGAAAUGGAAUCACAUGAGGAACUAAUGGAUAGAACAUAG